AUGGCAUCUGAUUCUCCUAAGGCCAGCUCUGUUCUUUUACCCCUUGGAAGUCUCCUUGGAACUUUUGGGCCUUGGGACACCAUCCAGAAUGUCUUUCCCUCUCCUAACUGGACUGAGAUCAUGAACAGGAAGCUCAGGUUCCCACCUCCACUCCUGGCUGCCAUCCAGGAGGGCCAACUGGGCCUUGUGCAGCAGCUGCUGGAGUCAGAGGUUAAGGCCACAAGCAGUGGGCCAGGUGGGCCCCUGCACAAUGUGGAAGAGGCCAAGGAGCACUCCUGGAGGGAAGCACUCAACUUGGCCAUCCACCUGGGCCAUGAGGCCAUCACUGAUGUGCUGUUGGCCAGUGUCAAGUUUGACUUCCGCCAGAUCCAUGAGGCCCUGCUAGUGGCAGUGGACACAAAGCAACCAGCAGUGGUGCAUCGCCUGCUGGCCCACCUGGAACGGGAGAAGGGUCGCAAAGUAGACACCAGGUCUUUCUCACUGGCUUUCUUUGACUCAUUAAUUGAUGGCUCCCGCUUUGCACCUGGUGUGACUCCUCUCACCCUGGCCUGCCAGAAGGACCUGUACGAGAUAGCACAGCUGCUCACGGACCAGGGCCACACCAUUGCCUGGCCCCACCUGGUCUCCUGUGCCUGCCUCAAGUGCAGCAACGCCCGCCGCUAUGACCUGUUUAAAUUCUCUCUGUCCUGCAUCAACACCUACCGUGGCAUUGCCAGCAAGGCCCACCUCUCACUGGCCAGUGAGGAUGCCACACUGGCUGCCUUCAGGCUUAGCCGUGAGCUCAGGCACCUUGCACGCAAGGAGCAUGGUUGGGCCUGUGGUGUUCCCACCCGGAGCAUGGUGUGUUGCGGCUCUCAAGCGUAUGAUCACAGCAGGGAAAAGUCAGAGAGAGGGGACAAGGUGCUCCCAGGUGGUAGGCACACACGGACCUGCUUCCCUAAGCCUGAGUACAUUGCCCUGGAGUCACCGAGCCAGGACUAUGGCUUUGAGCUGCUGGGCAUGUGCCGGAACCAGAACGAGGUCACUACCCGGCUCAACGACCCGGCCGAGGACAGCGAGACGGAGCCCAAGGCUGAGGGCCUGGGCCUAGCCUUUGAGGAAGGCAUCCCCAACCUGGCGAGGCUGCAACUGGCCGUCAACUACAACCAGAAGCGGUUUGUAGCACACCCCAUCUGCCAGCAAGUCCUGUCCUCCAUCUGGUGUGGGAACCUGGCUGGCUGGCGUGGAAACACCACCAUCUGGAAGCUCUUUGUUGCCUUCCUCAUCUUCCUCACCAUGCCCUUCCUCUGCCUUGGCUACUGGCUGGCACCAAAGUCCCGGCUGGGCCGCCUGCUAAAGAUCCCAGUACUGAAGUUCCUGCUGCACUCCGCCUCCUGUCUGUGGUUCCUCAUCUUCCUGCUGGGAGAGUCCCUGGUCGUGGAGACACAGCUGAGCACCUUCCGUGGCCGCAGCCAGAGUGUCUGGGAGACUUCACUACACAUGAUUUGGGUCACAGGCUUCCUGUGGUUUGAGUGCAAGGAAGUGUGGAUUGAGGGCCUGCGCAGUUACCUCCUGGACUGGUGAAACUUCCUGGAUAUGAUCAUCCUGUCCCUGUACCUGGCUGCCUUCGCACUGCGCCUCCUCCUGGCUGGGCUUGCCCACAUGCACUGCCAGGACCACUCCCAAGCAACUGCCUGCCACUAUUUCACCACGGCUGAACGAAGCAAGUGGCACACCGAGGAUCCCCAGUUCUUGGCUGAGGUGCUCUUUGCUGUCACCAGUAUGCUCAGCUUCACCCACCUGGCCUACAUUCUGCCAGCCCAUGAGUCGCUGGGCACUCUGCAGAUUUCCAUCGGCAAGAUGAUCGAUGAUAUGAUCCGGUGCAUACCGGCUCUGCUCUGAGCUCUGCUCUUCUCCCACCCCUCAUUUUUUGUUCCUUACUUGGCCUGGCAUGCCAGUUUCAAUGAGACGUUCCAGUUUCUGUUCUGGACCAUGUUCAGCAUGGAAGAGCACAGCAUGGUGGAGUUUCUGGUGCCUGAGUUUGUGGACCGGGCCCUCUAUGGCAUCUUUACCAUCGUCGUGGUCAUUGUGCUGCUCAAUAUGCUCAUUGCUAUGAUCACCAACUCCUUCCAGAAGAUUGAGGAUGAUGCUGACGUGGAGUGGAAGUUUGCUCGCUCCAAGAUCUGUCUGUCCUACUUCCGAGAGGGCCUGACACUGCCUGUGCCCUUCAACAUCCUGCCCUCCCCAAAGGCUGUCUUCUACCUUCUCAGGAGAAUUUGCCAGUUCAUUUGCUGUUGCUGUUCCUGCUGCAAAACCAAGAAGCCAGACUAUCCCCUCAUCCCUACUUUUGCCAAUCUUGGGGCAGGGGCUGUGCCUGGGAAGGAACAGCAUGGAUCCUACUGCCUUCACAUCAUCAACGCCCUGGUGCAGCGCUACAUAGAGACCGCCCGGCAUAAAUUCGAGGAGACCCAGCAGAAAGACCUGGGCAACAGACUCACAGAGCUGACCAAGACCGUAUCUCGACUGCAAAGCGAGGUAGCCUGUGUGCAGUGAACUCUGGCAGAGGGAGGUACACCCCGGCCUCCUGACAGUGCCAGCAUCCUCAGUCACUGCAUCACCUGAGUGCACAACAGCUUCCAGAACCUGGGGCCUCCCAUCCCUGAGACCGCAGAGCUGACAGGGCCUGGGAUUGUGGGGACCCAGGAAUCAUCAGGAACCGGGCUUCCGGACAGUGGAGGGGCGAGGACUCUGGCUUCUGGAGAUUCCGGCCCGCGCUCCCCAGCUCAUGUGCUAGUACAUAGGCAGCAGGAAGCAAAGGGGGCUGCGGACCUGCCCCAGGGGGAGGAUUCGGGGACUGAGGGGAGGUCCUGAUACAGUGGAAGGCUCCCUUCUUCUGCUGCUGAGGGUGGUAGCCUAGGAGGGUAAGGGUGGGGGACCCCUUGGGAGGAGCCUGCGCUGCUUUUCUUGCUUCAAUGAAGUUUCUGUUCUGG